CUGAAAAAAAUAAAACAGUUCGUUUUUGACUCUCGGACAGAGUGUACGCGCUUGUUGGUUGCUAAUAAAAAUUAUUGAAAAAUGCCGAAAAAACUAAAAGUUGUCGUCAAAUCGCUGUAUUCGCACGAAAUACGGAAAGAUGUGAGUUUGGAAGACCUGAAGUCAUUGAGGCUCGAAGAUGCUUGGCCAUUCAUCAGAGACGAAAUCGAAAUAGAAAUUGGUAGCAGUCAGUUUGUGUGUAUUCCUCAUAUUACUGAGGCUGAUUUGUAUAAAGUUACGUCUCUUUUCGUACCAAAUGAGAAGGAAACUAACGGGAAAAUGUUCACGCCAUUGGGUGAGCUUAUCAAGAAUGUUAACAAGGAGAAAUCGAAUGCGGAGUACGUGAAUUGGUUGGAAGAAGGUGAUUUCUGCGAUAAUGACUUCAAGUUUCCCCAUGAGAGCGUAAAGAUCACAUUGCAAGACGAAGCGAUCAAGAACAAAGUGAGAGUGAUCAUGAUAAACUUCUCCCGUACUGCUGUUCCCAAGGACAAGAACUUUGUGAACAACAUCUACUUGGAUGUGGAGAAAAAUAAGCACCUGCAAGGCAAGAAGUCCGUGUACAUGAUCACGAACGUGCUGAUGGCGAAGACGAUUGAGUUCCGCGUGACUCGCGGGACCUCCUCCAGGAUCUUCCAUCUCGGGAACGCGUCGCCUCUCGUCUUCGGCUUGGAGGAGUUCCUCAUUGGGGACGACGGGAAACUCGUCGCCAAGGAACCGGUGACGAUCAAGUCCAAGUCGCUGCACUGGCAGAAACUGGACCCGUCCGACCAUCUGUACAUCCCGGACAAGCAUCAAGAGGAGGCGGCAGCUGUUUAGACGAUUGUAGCGAAUAGAGCACGCUUUUUAGGACACAUGCAUCAGUAAGGAUCACUUCUUAUGAGUGGUAGGAGUUUUCUGGUGGGAUUUUUCUUUAGUUAAAAAUUGGUAGCCAUUCGAUUUGACCUUUUAUAUCUGAAUGAAGUUUAAAACAAUAUUUAGUAUGAUUAUAAACAAAAUUUAUUAAAUUAAACAGGUAUAUAUAUUUCUGUCGUGGCUCAUAGAAUACAAAGUAGGCAUGGAACAUUUCAUGAAUAGCAGGUGAAAAAUCAUAUGAAAUGAAUUUCAUUAAUCACACCUGCUAUUUUACUUCACAUAGACUGCUAUAAUUUCACAGUCAACGAAAUCACGAAUCACAUGAAUUUCAUUCAUUCAUUCGAGUGAAGUUCGUGAGCGCAGCUCUGCGAAGCGACCGAGCGAGUAAGAAGGAAUGAUUUGAUCAUGUGCGUGUUAGAAAAGGACAAGAGAUGUGAUGGCGGACGAAACUGGUCAUUUUAAAUAUGUACUUUAAACUCAAAGGUGUACGGUUUAGAUUUCCUUGUCAUGAUUCGUGUGAUUUCAUUAGAUAGCAGGCAGAUGAAAUGAAUGAUUUUCAUUAGUCGCGCGGUUAUUAAUGUGCUGUGAAACUGUUUGUUUUUUGUUGUGCGACAUAAAUGAAACAGAUAUUGUUACAUUUCAUAUUUUAGCUAAUUAGCAAUCCUUCAUCAUAAUUCAUACUUCAUUAAAAGUAGCACAUUAUAUGAAAGAGCUACAUUAAAACACUGCGAAUAAAAAUCAUUGCCUGUGAAAUUUCGCAUGUGAAAUCAUAUGAAAAAAAAUCAUCAUUUCAUAGAAUGAAAAUGAAUGAAAAAUAGCAAUCAUUUCCAUGCCUAAUACAAAGUUUAAGGAUGCAUGCAGCCUACAAAAAGGUUUGAAAAGUUUAUGCCAACACUGUUCAAAAGCUGUUUGUUAUAUUUUGUAUUUACAAAACAAAAGAUGCGCUAUAAUCUUUUGGUAUCUUGAAUACCUUUUUUAAAAACUUUCAACAGAUACACAACUGCCAGAAAAACCUCUACACUCAAAGAAUUUGUGAUUCUCUUAUCAGCCUUUGUACCCCACCGCUGGGUUAGGCCUAUAUUAGAGAUGGCAUUAUCCCCAGUAUAUGCUUGCCAAAUAGGAUGUGAAAUGAAGGCUCAAGUUCGAGCAAUAAUUGGUAAAGUGACGGUGUGCCUGUGGUUUUCUUUGAGUUGAUGAUUUUGAUUUUUUGUUUACGUUAUAAAUCAAGCUAUUUACUUAGCGUUACACCAAUAUUUUUUUAUCUUAACAUGUUUGUUAUCUCAAUAUUUGUAAAAUGAUUUGACAAAAUAGCAAUUCAAAUAAGAGUGAGUAAGAUGAUACUUUCCUAAGGUGUGUAUUGUGUGUAACAUUUUUUUAUAAGUUUGACAUUAUUUCCUAAAAAUUUACUUUAAGAUUUUUUUUUU